AUGGCAUCAACAUAUUCUGACUCAAUGGGUUUUGCUGAUCAUCAGCCUUCAUAUCGUGAGAUGCAACAAGAGUUGAAAAAACGCAAAAUAAACGCAGGUGGUACCAAAGAAGAAUUAACGAAAAGAUAUAAAAAAGCUUUAGGAGGUGAAGAUAAAGAUAAAGAAAUUUUGUCGAAACAAACAAUAUGUCAUCUUGGUGAAAACGUCACUUACGUUGAGCAGAAAUCUGUUAUUACAAGGAUGCCAGAUUUGUAUACUUAUAAUGGCUUAAUCAAUCAAAUUAAAGCGAUUAAAUAUCAAGUAGUUACAGUCGAAAAUUUAAUUAAUAAUCGAUUGAAAAAUGAAACGAAGAAUCAAAAUCAAUUAAAAUUCCGUUCACUAACGUUUCUUGAUCCAUAUGGCAAUCAAAUAGUCAACAAACAUAUGGAUCAUGAAUUGAUCAAUAAAAUAGUCAAAAUAUAUAAGAAAGAUUAUGUACCAAAAUAUUUGCAACGAUGGAUACACAUUGGCCAUAUAGAUCAUGAUCAGAUUUCAUCAAUAAACGAAUCUGAGUUAAUAUCGACUGUAUCUGAAUGUAUAAGUAGUCAUCAAUUUAUUGCGUAUGGACGAGUGACUGUAUGGUUAGGAAGUUAUGAUAAUCCAACUUUUAAAAAAUAUGUAUUAGCAGUUGUAUUAAUUGAUAAUAUGGAGAAAAUCAAAAGACAAAUGGCUAGACUUGAACGAUUUAUGUGUAUGGAACUAAAAUCAUGUAUAUUAAAUAAUCGUGACGAAUUAAACGAAAGAGAUUGGAAUGAAGGUAAAGUAGUUAAAUGGGAAGAUACAAUUCUGUCAAGUGGAUUAUAUCAAGAUAAUUGUGUUUUGAUGGCAAAAAUCGGGAAUGAAAAGAUUAGACAUGUACUUGCAUUCAAGUUUAAAGAUAUCAAAAAUGUUCAUCAAUUAUCAUCAGCUACAUUGCAAGAAUCUAUCGUACAAGCACAAGCUAUUCUGUCAGCUUUAUAUCGUAAAGCCACAACCAUUUAUACAGCAGCUGAUAUUCCAAAAUUGACGGAAAUUAUCAUGUUGACUGACGCACCAAAUGGAAAUGAUGAUGACAAGAACAAUAGUGACGAUAAUGAUGUGUCGCACGAUCAAUGA